CAGAAACAGCCUGAGAGUCAUUCUUGGGAACACUGGAUUGAACUGAAAACCAUGCUUCCCAUCAAGGUUAUGGAGGACAACUUCCCCCCUCACACUUUUGAUCCUACACAUCACUUCCAUGUCGUACUGCUGGAUCAGAGAAGCAGGCUUCGGGAGCACAUCAGGAGUCUCCGCGAGAUUUCACGGAGAAUCAACAAACUGCACAGACGCUCUCUCAUCGCCAAUUUCACUGGGAGUUCGUUAAGUGCCGCAGGAGCCAUCGUGGCCAUCGUGGGGCUGUCCUUGAGCCCUGCAACAUUAGGGGCAUCCCUUCUGGCUUCCGGGGUGGGCCUAGGAGUGGCAGCUGCAGGAGGGGCCGUCACGGUGAGUUCCGACCUCUCCUUAGUCCUCUCUAAUUCCAGGGAGGUGAGGAAGGUCAAGGAGAUUGCAGUGAGCUGCCAUGCUCAGAUGAGAGAAAUCAUGCACUGCCUGGAAUUCUUGCACCGCAGCCAGGGCCCGACGGAUCCUAGGUUACUGCCGGCUGAGAGAAACGCCUCCGUCACACUGUACAACUCCAUCUGCUUCAUGGUGUUCUGCGGCUCCCACAGCUUCCUGGUCCCCGAGCACAACGAAGAGGUGACCAAAGUGAGUCAGGCUGUGCUCAAGGCAAAAGUCCAGAAGCUGGCAGAAAGCCUAGAAGCCUGUGCGAGGCCCAUGGAUGAGAUCUGCGAACUUUUGGAGAACAGGAAAGAAUCCCCCCUGAAGACAAGAAGAAUAGCACUCUAGGAGGAUGUCCAGGGUCAAAAUCACCCACAUCCUCUGAAAAUGACGACGGGGGCCUAAAAGACCUAAAACACACUGUGUUAUUCCUAUUAGGAUUGUGCCAAAUCAGUGUUUUCUCCAGGCAUUUCUCAAUACUUGCAGCCAACACCCCUCAGGGGCUCGGUCUGUAUUGCUCUCUUGUUAUGUCUGUGCACAGCAAAUAGAAAUUGUAGCAACACAAGUGCUGGUCUAUGCUAUCAGCACAUCCCAAGGUCUGGUGUCUGCAUAUGGCUGUCUCACAGCACAUCAUACCUUGCUUUUUUAGGGGGUUGGGGGAGACUUCCACAUUUCUCAUUUGGUGCUAAAACACUGAACUCAAUGCAAUUAAUGCUUCUGCAUGCAUGUACUCCAGCAUACUUUCCCCCAUAGCUGCCAACUUUUCCCUUUUCUUGCGAGGAAUCCUAUUCGGAAUAAGGGGAUUUCCCUUAAAGAAAGGGAAACAUUGACAGCUAUGCUUUCUCCCCACCUACCCAGGGUAAUCAGGAGAAGUAGGCGGGGACACUUGCCAAAGCUCUGAUUAAAUUUUUCUCCCACAGCGCUGAGCUAGGUGAAAACUGUGGUCGUGAGGGAACCAGAGCCAGCCUAGGAAGGAAAUGGCUACAGAUUCCAGAACUUGCAGUUUCCAAAGCUCUGCGAGGCAGAUAAUGAGGGAGUCAAAGGCCAGAGAGCCUGAAUGAACCUGAAUAUUUUCCAGUGAUGUUCUUAGUAGCGGAUGGGAACUGCACUCGCAGUGCGGCAGGAGUUUAAUGAGUUUGGCUUUGGUUUGUGGCUCAAACUUCAUCCGCUCUUUAUCAUGCAUUCUUCCAGUACAGGCAGGCAAAUUAAGGCUCCACUAACUUCAGUCUUAGAAUCAUAGAGCGGGAAGGUGCCCAGAGGUCACCUGAUCUGACACCCUGCAAUGUAGGAAUCGCAGCUAAAGAAUCCCCAUGAUUCCUCUUGAUUCCUGUGUGCUUAUUCCUUCAAACCAGCCCUUGGGGGGGGGGUGCUGCCUGCCUGAUUCCUUCUCCUCACUCUGGGUUUUGCCCUUGUAGAACUCAACAGGGAGGAGGACGGGGACAAAGGUAGAAUCAGUGCCUCCACCUGCUAUUGGCUGUGGCUCAAAGAUGGUUGGCCUCCCUGCCUUCUGCCCUAUGAACCUAGUAGGCAACAGCUGCCACUCCUAGCUUUAACUAUCACCUAUCUAAAGUUGGUGGUCUCCCCUCCCACACCACAUGCUCAGGGACAUGGUGUAUUGGUGUAUUUUUGUAUUUAUUUGUUUUGGGUAAUUUAAAUGUGGAUUUGAAGUUUCUAUUUAAAGAAAUAAUAAUACAGCCACUCCAAGAUGGAAGAGCUCAUUCUACAGAGCCAAAGUUUGUUAUAUCUGAGGCACGGAAAUAUCCUUGUUUGAUGUCCCCUUCCCCUUGUCCGUUCCCCACAGACCCCACCAUCAAAUGACCUGGGAAAGAAGAGCAGAUGGGACUAGCAAUUCACGUGUGAAUUUUUUUAAAAAGCCACUUCUCCCUUUUUUAAGAUUUGAAAAGUGGAGAACUGAACUUACAAUUAGAAAAAUGAGCAAACAAGGGAAACCAAAGCUGACAGACACAUUUCCACAUGCCUACUCUAAGACAGAGCUUACGGUAUGUUAUGCAAAUGUCUGUAAAUAUAUGCUGAUAUGAGGGUGACUUGAGAAAUCAGUUUUGUGUCUUCAAAACACUGCUGAUGAGCAAGAACUAAGCAGAAGAAUUAGGUAGAAUAUAGGACAGCUGUUCUUGUUGGCAUCAAUUUGUCUAGAGAGACAAUGGAAUAGUGCACCAUCGGGGGUACAGUCAAACCAUUGGAGAGUUACAGCGCCUGCUGUGGCUGUAGAGACCAAUAUGGGAGAGACAUGUUUUAUUGCAGCUGGGGCAGAUGAAAGCAUUUGGUUGUGCUGUUACAGGUACAUUAUGGUGUUUCCUCUCUCUGCCUUCCUCCCAGCAGUCAUUUCUCCCCUGGUCACUUCUCCUCUGUGGGAUGGUAUCCCUGGGAAAACAGCAAUGAAAAGUUGGAAGAGAGAAGAGGUAGAACUGGGCAGUGGGUAUGUUGCUUAUGAGGGCAAAACAACUUUACAUGAGUAGUGGGGAGGACACUGCAUAAUGGUACGGGUGGCCUGUGAAGAUAAGGAGAUGGUUUGAAAGAUGUGUUUAAGCUCAGACGCAGGUUUACUAACUUGGUGAGAACUAGGCCAUAGUACACGCAGUGAUGCUAUACUUCAAAGACCUGUUUGAUGCUCUUUAUUUCCUCGCUUGUGGCUCGGGUGAAAGGAGACACAUUAUAAUCUUAAAGUGUGGAAUGGUGGGCAAGAGACAAGAUUUAAAUGCACUGGAUCCUAGGGAGUUUGGGUACGGGGUGAGCUUCCUCUAAACUGAUCCUUGACUUUCUGGUCUUUGGGGAAAAGGACAAGAGAAGUGGCCAAAAGGAUCUGCUUGCUAUUUUGGGUAUUUGUAAAACCAAGGAACAACUUGCACAGAUAACUAACUCUGAUCCAAUACAAAAUACAAAUUAAAUGAAUGAGCACAAAGUAA